AUGUUUUAUAGUGAAAUCUCUUAUCAAGAUUGCAUUGGUAGUUUCUUAACUAGAACUGAUAAUAAACCAGAUGAAGAUAAGUUUCCACCAUUUCUCGCCUUCAAACAUGCGAAUGAUAAAUUUUUUAUCGGUCAUAAUGCGAACAAGAUGCACCUUUUAGCACAUGUUUCAAGUAGUCGUUGA